AUCCAUAAACUGCAGUUGUAACAUGAUACUUUGGGCAUUCUUUGCCGCGUAAGCGUAGGGUCCCUGAUGAUGUUCUUUCUUGCUCGAUGCAUUCCAGAAUGGAUUCGCCACGAUAAAAAAGUGCAGCAGCCCGCUUUACUCCUGGCAGCUAUCUUCGCUAUCCGACUUGUGUACAUGGCUACCGCGAGAUACUGGCCAUCGCUACGUCCAUUGCCGCUACCCGAGACCUCGCCAGGACCGCUAACCUCAAUUCUGUGCUCGGAGACUGCACUUGCGAGCACAGCGCAAUGGCGGCUAACUACUAUACGGCCGUUGAAGAAAUUUCUUUGGUUAGGCUAUCCUAGUGUGUGCGCGGUGCACCAUGAUUGGUGCCGCACUCAGCAUGAUGAUAGCAGUAGCAGGAGGGGUGAGCAUGAGCCAGGAACCCUAUUGUUUCACAACAGUCGAGUAGAGGAUGCCACCUCGAAUCCGGCGCUUCCGAACAGGGUAUUGGAGCCGAUUAAGAUCACAGGCGGGGACCUGGACGUCACGCACCCGCUCUGCUCAUGGAUUCCUCCAAAUACACCAUUGUCAGAGAAUCCGCAAUACCUGCGAACGGCAUCCGCGCCAGACCACUGCAACCCAGAGAUGUUUCGAUGUCGAGAGCGACUGCGACAGGCACUAUUGGAGGGUGACGCACUCGUGAACUCGCACGGGCAUCUCGAAUCCGGCUUCUGGCUGGGGACUUUCACUUAGGUCUAAGCACGCUUCAAAGAGGUUCCAUAGAUAAUAUGACUUGGACUUCUUUGUUCCCCCAAAACUUUAUUCAGAAUUUUGCACCCGCCUCAUUAGGUAUACUAUUCACGUUGUAUGUUCAUCCGUCUAAGAAGAAUGUUUGUUCGAUGCGGGGUGCGGAAUUAGGCUUUUUUCUAAUUUUCAGCUGGCGGCGAUCUGGGUACGCCUGACGACUUGGAUUUUGAUAGUGAGGUUGCGCUCGCCUUUGAUUUUACUGCUGUCGGUGAAGCGUGCACGGUGUCCUCUUUUGAAGGUGCGUCAUUCUCACCGCGAACGUCAGAAGGACGCGGAUUAGCGGAGUUGUGGCCCAGCCGGACGCUGUCCAACGCGGAGUCGGACGAAGAGGCGAAGCGUUUGGUUCCAAAAAUAAGUUACGACACUUUUUACAAGCAGAGCGCCGGUUCGUAUCGUGAAGCUUAUAUCGCUUUUGCUAAGCGAGAGCGCGUCUGCACUUGCUGGAUGAAUGGUGGACCAUGGUUGUGCAACGACUACUCGCGCAAGCAUGUCAAUCUGCACCGAAGUUUUGUGAAUGCAUCGGAUGGCUCUGCGGAUGGGGACGGCGCAAAGGGUGGACAUUAUUGGCACACGACUGCAGAUCGAAGCUCCGAUGCCUACCCAGAGGCGUGGAACGGAGACCUGGGGUACAAGAACCUCAUCGGUGAAAAGACGACGCCUGAGGCGAGAAAGCGUCGAACUAGUAGCGCUUCUGAUCCGGCAGUCAAGGCGAAUGACGGAAGCAGAAACGAAGAAACUCAUUUCCCCGUUUUGGGGGAACAAAUAAAGCCUGGAGCAGAACACGGUCUGUCAAGAUCUACAUCUGUCAUAAACGAAGACACUGUUGUGCGUGCAGGAGAAAGUAAAGCAGCCGACUACUUGGUUUUCGGGUACAUCGCAGUCGGCCUGACGCACCCAUCUGCAGUAUUCGGACCGAGCUUUUUUAUGGGCCUAAGAAGUUUUUCCAAAUUACUAAAACAGACCAUACGGGAGCGGGCGUCACUCUACUUCUCCACGGGAGACGAGUUGGUAAUCACAAAGCAUCUUUAGGUGUGCUAGUUUGGAAACAGCUAUGUCUUCCAUAGUUUGGGUUCCUCCCGUGAGCGGUGGCAAGAAUAUUGGGCGGGUCGAUUUUGUGGACUUCGCGGCCAAUCCAAAAAGCCAAGAUCUAUAUCAGUCACAUCCAUGGUGGGGAGACAUGACCGUUGCGUGGUGCAUUCACAUGUCGCCCGGCAGCUUGGGAAACCGGCUGGAACUGUCCGAGUUUGUGUUCUAUUUAGCUGAGAAGGUGGAGGAGGGCCGCUUCGUGCGGCCGCACUUAAACACGCUACUCGGAGAUGCCCCUUGCGCAGCAGUGAACGCGUGGCUGCACUUGCGACAUGUGUGCGCGGCGCUUACCGGCGGGAUGCUCACCGUGAGGGGCGACGUUGCAGCAGAAAAGGCGGCCCUAGCAUCGUAUCGGCCGCAACGCUAUUUCGCAGUUUCCACAAAAGCGGAAGAGAAACGACUGUUGACAUCCAGCACAACUAGCGCGGUAUCUGGAUCUCGAUAUCUUGAUUCGACGUCUGGGGGAACAAGGCGUGCCGCGCCAGAGGUGAGUCCGUUUUAUCUGACGAACAACACAGGCGUUCCGGUGCAGAAGCUCCAGAAGACGAGAGAGCAUUGCAGCAAUUUGCUGCAAACUGCUUGUGCCGAAAGUCAGAAACUCUACGCCCAGCGUGCCACGUCCGCCAGCUAUGUGGGAAACACAUUUAUGAACAGACAAGCGCGGCUCGAGAGUUCCCUCUUCUUCCUACAUGCGCAUUGCGCUACCGAUGAUUCGCCCGCCAUGGACGCCCCCUUCGACGUCCCAGGUUACCCGCUACCGCCAGACAAUUCAGAUCCUGCUUCUGCGGCUUCAGGGACAUUUGCAACUCCGUCACCUGACAAGCGGAUUUGGAUUCGCCCGGGCAUGUCUGACAGGCAGUGGGCGCGUGUGCGUGGGUGGAUCGACAACGCGCGGGAGAAGGAGGCGACACUGCGGGUUCACUGGCAGCACGACAAGUCGAGUGACAGCGCGGCAGCUGCAGAGCACCCAGAAGAGCGGCUCGGCGUACCGCGAUAUGGGUCUACGUGGUAUAGCAGUGCUCCCUCAUCUGCCUUUGACCGGUGGAAAUGCGCAUAUUGUCAGAGCGUAAUGGAUGGCGAAUACGCAUCAAAUCCUUCGCGAUGGCAAGAGUGGGGGCCUGAAUGCCGCGAUUGUCGUCAGUCUUUUGGCUGGAUGCACAAGGACGCGCCUGGAUAAGAAAUUUACACAAAAACCUCUUAUCUUUUGACGGUAAAGAACUACUCACCCGGGAUAUUUUCGUCAGAG